AUGUACGACCCCGAAUACAGCAGUUCACCAACUGAUAGAACUAAACGACCAAGACUCGAAGAAGAAGUUGAUACUGAUGAUGAACAUCGUGGUGAAGAAGAUAGACAUCCAAAACGACAAGCAGUACCUGAUCCUGAAACAAAAGCACCUCACUUUGCUGGCGAAGAAAAGAAAGAUUCUCAACAAAAACGAAAUAAAAAAUGGUCUGAAGGUGAUUCUGAAGAUGAAGUACAAAUCAUAGUAGCUGGACAACCUCGUGAAUCUGACAAAAAUAAUGAUACUCAAACAGAUCGUAGUAAAACUAACAAGAACAACAAUGAACUCAAUUUGAAAUUACAACGUGGUGAUGUCAAUAUAUCUAUUCGUUCUUUGGUGGGUACAAGAGAUGCUGGUGUCAUCAUUGGUCGUGGUGGGAAAAAUGUCAAUGAAAUUAGAGAAUACUCUUCUGCUCGUGUUACUAUCUCUGAUAUUGUACCUGGUGCUUAUGAACGUAUUUUGACUGUAAAUGGUCCUGUAGAAGCAGUUGCAAAGGCUUAUUCGAUGGUGGGUGAAAAGAUCUUGGCGGAAAUACCUUCGGAUGAUCGUGGUCAACGUGAAACUACACUUUCUAUUCGAUUAUUAGUACCUGAUUCUCGUAUGGGUAAUCUUAUUGGACGUAGUGGUUCUAUUAUCAAGUCUAUUCAAGAAGAAAGUGGUGCUCGUCUCAACGCAUCUGAAGAAGCUUUACCAAUGUCAACUGAAAGGACGAUGACAAUCGCUGGUAGUCCGAAAGCAAUUCAUAUCGUAGUAGCUCGUAUUGGUGAUAUUCUUGCUGAACAUCCGGAAAGAAACAUGGCAAACCAUAUACCUUUUAUACCUAUUGCUGCUAAUCCUUCUUUACCUCCAAUGCCUCGACCUGGUUAUCCUAUGCGUGGUGGUGGUAUGACUGGUCAUGGUCCUGGUGGUGUUGGUCCAAGUAAUGUAAGUGGAAAUGGUGGUAUGCCUCCAUACGGUAUGAUACCUGGUAUGCCGGGUAUGCCAAUGGGAUCUCCUUUCUUUUAUCAAGGUGCAAAUUAUGGUGCUGCAAUGGGUCCUCCAACUGGUGGCUCUCCAGAUUAUGGUAAUAUGGGAAUGAACACUAAUCAAACUCAACAACAAAUCCUUAUUCCCAAUACAAUGGUUGGUUGUAUUAUUGGUAAAGGUGGAAGCAAAAUUAAUGAAAUACGACAAAUCAGUGGAAGUCAUAUCAAGAUUAUGGAUCCUCAUGGUGACGAUCGUGAAAGAUUAGUAACCAUUACAGGUACUCAAGAAAGUAAUCAAAUGGCUCUCUACUUACUAUAUUCAAGAUUGGAAUCUGAAAAGAAUCGUUUAGGUUUGGCUUAG